AUGGGUCCGUAUCCAAUUAAUGCUGCUCGAAAUAUUUUUGGUAUGGAACCGAUUGAAGUAACUGCUAUUGGAUUUAAAACUCCUGGACGUGAAUUUUUGCAAAUGGAAUAUGAUACAAUUAAUGUAACACUGCGAUUUCCUGGUGAACGUAUGGCUCAAUUUGUUGUUGGUUAUUCUGCAGCCAAUACUAAUUGUUACAAAGUUGUUGGUACCAAAGGUGAUAUUGAAGUAAAUCCUGCUUUUGCGUGGGGUCAUGGUAUGAAUAUUGCUUAUAAAACAAAAAUUGAUGGCAAAGAAGAUUCAAAAUGUUUUCCAGAAACAGAUCAUUUCGGUGGUCAAACAGAAUAUUUUUCUGAAUGUAUUUUACAGAAUAGUGAUCCAGAAGCUGAUGGUGAAGAAGGUUUACUUGAUGUACGAGUAAUUGUUGCAAUAAAAAAAUCACUCGAAGAAAAUGGAAAAACCAUUAAACUUGAAGCACGCGAUCGUAAAAAGCGACCAACAUUAGAUCAAGCAAAAAAGUUACCGUUAGCUACAGGACCAAAAAAUUUUAUUGGUCGAGAUUCACAACCGCCGUCUACAGGCUAA